UGGCAAUUAAUGCGGUUCGUUGCCAAUGGUAGGUUAGGUCAUGUUCAAGUCUGAGUUGGUAUGCGUAGGGCACCGGAAGUGAGAGCUUUGCUAAUCUACAGACUGGUGCGAUUCUGGUACUCGUUUCUCAUUUCCCGGCAUUGUUCAAAGGCGAUUCCAUUCAACAUUCACACUUUAUUUUUCACAUUUCCAUACGUGGUUUAUCAUAUGCUCAAGUAGCAACACAGGCUGCUUGCUAUUGGGCAUCUUAGUCUGUUGGGUGCAAGAUUUGUGCUCCUACAGAUAUCAAUACAUAGCUCCUGAUUGGAGCAGCAAGUCUCAAGCCGUUGCACCUUCUGGUUUUAUUUCGUCCGGACACAAAGAGGUGUGUUAAGAUGUGUUGAUGCCGUUGCCAACAUUUCAAGAAGUCACUUGUUUGUGACGGGAUUUGCCUUGCUGGAGCAAGUGUGAAGAAUCGGCAUAACAAGAGCAAAUCAUGGUCUACUACUUUACAUCAAAUGUGUCGGACCCUCCAACCACGCUGUUUAUGGGAUUUGACAAGUAUGAGAAUGAGGAGCUGAUCCGCUGGGGUUGGCCGGAGGACGUGUGGUUUCAUGUCGACAAGGUCUCCUCGGCCCACGUCUACCUGCGCCUCAAGCCGGGUGAAACAAUCGAAACCAUUCCAAAGGCGACCAUCGAAGACUGCGCCCAGUUGUGCAAGGCCAACAGCAUCACGGGCAACAAGAUGAACAAUGUGGACGUCAUCUACACCAUGUGGUCCAACCUGAAGAAAACGCCAGGCAUGGAGCCGGGUCAGGUCAGCUUCUUCAAGGACAAGGAGGUGUACAAGAUCCGUCUGGAGAAGCGCAUCAACGAGAUCGUCAACCGGCUGAACAAGACGAAGAGGGAGGAGAAGCCGGACUUCCGGUUCGAGCGCGAGGAGCGCGACAGGCGGGAGCGGAACGAGAAGAAGGCCGAGUUCAAGAAGCAGCAGGAGAUCGAAAAGGUGCUGGAGAAGAAGAGGGAGGAGGAGGCCAAGCUGAGGAGCUACGACUCCCUGAUGCAGUCGGCCAACAUGACCUCCAACAUGGACGCCGGCAACGACUCGGACGACUUCAUGUGAUAGCCAGCCAGCGGUGCGGACGUGUUUAGCCGGCCGCGGAGGGUCGGGGCCGGCGGUGCCGGAGCUCGGCGGCUCCUCUGGUGCGACUCUCAGCUGCACCAGAGACCGUCACCUCCAGGCGCGGGGAGCGCGUGAGGCGGUGAUUCCAGGGGCGUGAUGGCGGCGGCGAGCGGCGUGUGCGGCUGCCAGCCCCGGCUUGGUCGUGUCGAGGAACGGACGCGGUCCCGCCUGAUCCGCGGCUAGGGGCACUGCACGUAUGGGCUUGUCACUGCGGCUUCAGGGCGGCCCGACGUGUCGCCCCGGGUGGGGAUCGGCGGCGCGGGCGGCGGUCCCCUGCGGGCUGGCAUCGCGUGUGCUCGGGCCGGUGCCGCGGCCUCGCCUGGCCCGGCACAGCAGUCUGCCAGCGCCACACUCCCUCUGGCUCGGGCGCUCUUGGCUUGUCCACCAUCUCAGUGGCACGGGUCACCUCGGUGUCAGCGGUCCCGACGUCUUACCCGUCCCGUUGCCGUGACGACCGCGUCUCAGAUGUGGAAUCUACUUUCGCUCUGUGGUCGGUUGGUUGCAGCGAUGUGUACGUGUGUUGUUUUGUUUGAUACAUGGUGUGAUUACC